AUGGAUAAUUUGAGCAUAAGUGCUGGAUUUAAAAAGUUUCUUAACCCCAUUGUACCAAGCGCUAGUGCGAAGAGUGAAUCUAGGAAAGUAAGCAAGGAUAUCGGUGCAAAUUGCCCUAAGGUUAUCAACAUAUCCGAUCCAUAUACCAGCCGUGAAAACAGAGUGCCAAAGAGAAGAGCAGAGAAGAGUACGGACAUGGACUUAAGAAAGAUGACAACCGGUGUCUGUCCAUGUUUAAAGAGCUACUUGAACUUCAAUGUCAAGUCAGUGCCUCCUCAGAGGGGAAUAAUGGCAUCAGCUGCAAAAGCAAAUGAGAGAAAUGCAAAAACACGGGAACGACGAUUAGUUGUGCGCAGCAGAUCAGAGAAAAUGUGA